AUGAAAGCACAUCGACUUUCAGAUUCUCACCUUUUUUCUUAUUCAAAGGCCAUAUAUCGUCUUUUAUUUCGUCUUUCAAAGCCAUCUUUGCUCCGUCUUGUUUUCUUAUGGCUUGAUGACCCGUUUUGUUCAACUUUUAAAGGCUCAGUUCAAUCGGUACGCGAUGUUUCAGUGUAUAAAGAAUGGGUAGGAUCUAAUUCCGUUUCUCGACGGGAUAUUGUUGAACGUAUUGUUAGUGUAGAUUGGAAGACAGGGCUUUCUGCAAAGCAAAUUGCCAUGCUUGAUAUGCAAUAUCUUUUUGAUCAUCCGACUGCUUUGAGAUGGACAGCAAGAAAAAUUGGCAAUUUGGAAACUGAUAUUCGAUUAACACCUUUUGAUGUUGAAUCUAUUGUUACAGCACUUAGAAAUGCGUUGGAUUCUAUUUUUUUUAAUUAUAUUUAUUCGGAAAAACAUCCGGCAUUGCCACUAUUUUUGAUUCGAAUUCAGAUUCAAGAUGCUUUUGUGCGUGUUUUACCUCCUCCAAGACGUAUUUUUUAUAUGGCAUUGCCAUUUGGUUCGCCUUUUGUGUUUCACACUAUGGUUCGAGAUUCUUUACAUGAUAUGCUACUUCAGGCAAUGGAAAUUUCUUUAUCUUCAAAACAUCAGCCAGUACAGCUUUUUCAUACGAAUUUGACUAUUAGGAAUAUUGAAGCUAUGAUGAAGCGUAAAGGAGUAUCAAGGCAUCCGUCUGCAUUAGGUGCAUGGAGUGUUUAUGCAAAAAAUGAGGUAGAUACUUCACCGAUUGAUCCUCAAGAAAAAAUGCGAGAACCUGUUCCAGAGGAUGUUUUAGAAAGGAGAAAGUAUAUUGCAGGAGUUCGUUUUGGCAAGGAUUUAGAUAAGAUAGAAGAUGUAUUAGAUAGGUUGGCAUUUCGGCUGGAAGAAGCCUGUUUGGACGAUGAUGGAAGGUCCGGUAUAUUUCGACCAAGUGUAACAUUGGUUUUUGAAGGCGGAAAUGUACUAGGCGGACUGAAAGAAAUGUGUGAGAAGGCAAUUGCGAAUGCAGAGCAAAUACCGAGUUGGUUAACUGGUGAAGAUGGCGUGACAGAAGGCAUGACUUAUGAUGGUUUAUUACAAACGAUAAAAUAA